AUGAUUGCUCCUAACGCCCCACCUCUGCUGUGUCUCUCCAGUCUGCGUAGGGAGGGCUACACGGUGCAGGUGAAUGUGAACGACUACCUGGACAUCUACUGUCCCCACUACAAUGACAGCCAGCGCGUGGUGGGCACCGGGGAGCAGUACAUCCUCUACAUGGUCAGCUACCGUGGUUACAGGACCUGUGACCCCCAGCUGGGCUUCAAGAGGUGGGAGUGUAACCGCCCCCACGCACCAAUCAAAUUCUCAGAGAAGUUCCAACGCUACAGCGCCUUCUCCCUGGGCUACGAGUUCCACGUGGGUCAGGAGUAUUACUACAUCUCUACACCCACUCAUCACCACGGUCGCAGCUGUCUCAGACUGAGAGUUUAUGUCUGCUGCUCCACAGAACCAGGACAUCCAGAAACAGACUACACACUCAGACCAGACAUCAAAAUCCAGGACAUCGAUGAUUUUAACCCUGAGAUUCCUAAACUGGAGAAGAGUGUCAGUGGAAGCAGUCCAUCCAGGGAUCGCCUACUCAUCACCAUAGUGACGCUCCUUCUCGCUGCCAUCACCAUAUCCUAGCAACGGCCAUCCCAUCAGUGUCGCCAUGCCAACCAGCCAUGGGAGAGCUUGGGCAGGAGGGGUGAAGGAUGAGGAGGACUGAGGAUUUGGGGGAAAGGGGACAGGAGAUUAAGGGAACAUGGAAAAUAGGGAGUUAGGAGACCUUCUGAAUGACAUUGGUCGGCAAGGUGUGUGUGUGUGUGUGUGUGUGUGUGUGUGUGUGUGUGUGUGUGUGUGUGUGUGUGUGUGUGUGUGUGUGUGUGUGUGUGUGUGUGUGUGUGUGUGUGUGUGUGUGUGUGUGUGUGUCUGCUGCUGCUGCUGCUUAGAAGACGACAUUCACACAGAGCAUGAAGAGAAGACCUUUUAUGACUUUGGACAUUGGGCCUGCAUGUGUAGGUAUGUUUCAGAGUGUGUGUGUCUCAACAUGUGGUGGAGGUAGCCUGUUGAAACAUGCACACUGCAUACAGCAUUUAUUAGAGAGGAGAAGAGGACCUGCCUUUCUAUUGGAGCAGCUGAUCGCAAUGAAACACAGUUACACUUUUUCAUGCAAUCUGAUUGGCUGACACAGUUCUCUUCUUAGGGCUAGUUGCCUGUUUCUUGCUCCGGAGACUGAACUGAUUGAACUUGACUGAAACUAACUGAAUUAUUGCCUUUUUGUUCUGCCAACCUGAUUCAACCAGAUCUAGUCUAGAUCCCUUCUGUGGAACUGGAUCUAGUCCUCCUCCCAUGUGAUCUGGUCUGAUCUGGACCGUAGCAGCCUGGUAUGAAAGAGCCAGUCUGGGUCCAGGUUUCUGAACCGGGAAGUGGGACCACUCAGUCUAAUAUGAGAGAGGGAGAGAGAGCUACAGUACUGUAUCACAGUAGUAAUAUGUGUCAAUACAAUGACAGCUAUAGGUUCUAGGUCAGUGGUUAUAUACAUUGUUAUACACAUUGACACAACCUCUGGCUCAUCAUUAAACCCCCUAGAGACA